AUGACUGAACCCCAGAAACCACCUCAAACGGACCUCCCUUCUUCCUCUUCUUCAGCUCCGACGGAAUUCAAGCCCGCCGGUAAAAGCAGCGCCGGUUUCCUAGGUCAAAAGCCCCACUUCCCGAACCCGCCCGACUCCAGGAACCCGGACCCGGCUACCCUGAGGGAACAAUGGCGAUUCGCCAUCAGGCAGUAUAGCAGGUGGUAUUCCCAAGCCUGGGGUUCGGCGAUUCUCGCCGGCCUCUCCUUCUUCGCCCUCGGGUGGGUCAUCAAAGGCGGUAAUCCUCUCCCCUCUUUCAAACCCGACGACGACAGCAACAACAAUGACAACCCUUCCUCUUCUGUGACCGCCGAUGCCGAUGCUCGCCGUUGA